AUGUCUACCGUCCCAACCACCAAAAAUGGACCGGAAUCCCGUCUUCUCAUCGUCACAUACCCUCGUACGGCUUCGAACCUGCUGAUGCGCAUGCUCGCAAUGCCCGACCAGCCCCAUGCGGUUUGCGUGGAGAGCGGCGGCUACUUCUUCAUGCCUACCAGCAACUAUAUCAGCCAGAACGGCCUGUGGGAGAAACCCUGUAAGCAAUGGACAGAGGAGCAGCGAGUUGCACUGGAAAACAAAUUCCAGUCUUGCUUUGAAGAGCUUCAUGGGUUCCUGCAAGGCGCAGAGACGCAAGGCAAGAUUGCCGUCUUCAAAGAACACGCGCCGUUUAUCAUCUCGCCAACGGUGCAAUCGCGGUUCGUCCACGGCCCGGAGAUAAUCGCCACAGAGACAGAGCAAGAAGAAGAAGAAGAAGAAGAAGAAGCACCCUGGCGGGUUGGAAUACCGGAUCCCUACCGCGACAUCCAACCGCCCGCAAACCUCCCCUUGAAUGAAUCUGUGUUCCCGGAGCAAUUCCUCCUCCAAUGCUUGCCUUCUUUCCUCAUUCGGCAUCCAGCCCUGGCGUUUCCGUCGUAUUAUCGCGUUUUCCUGUCCUUUAUGAAGGGAGAUCUGUCGAAAAUGCAAGGAUGCGAGGCUGAGAUGCGAGAGGCGUUCACGUUGCGCUGGACUCGGAAUCUGUACGAUUGGUAUGUCUCCGCGUGGGAGAAAAUGCACCACCACCACCACCACCACCCGGGGGAGGAGCAGAAGAAAACCCCCAUUAUCCUCGAUGCAGACGAUGUGCUCAACAAUCCUGAAUUGGUUCUUCGCUUCUGUGAUCUGGUUGGUCUGGAUUCGACCAGGGUUCAGUUUACAUGGAAGCCCGCGGGUCAAGAGCAAUUGGAGAAAGAAGCCGCCAUUCGUCUAAUAACCCGGUCUACGCUUUUUGCGUCGUCGGGAAUCAACGCUCAGGGGAAAACCUUUGAGGGCCUCAGUAUGGAAGGGGAAGUCGCUAAGUGGAAGCAGGAGUUUGGGGAUGUGGAGGGUGCGAAAUUGGAACGAUGGGUUAAGGAUGCAAUGCCCGACUAUGAGUACUUGUUGAGUAGGAGACUUACUCUGUAG